GCCACUGCUCGCUUUAGCAUGCUGCGAUGGAGGCACUUCUCCGACGGGCAGCUAUCAGCUAAAGCGAAGCUCCAUGCUGACGCAGAAAAAACUCCUCCGGUACCUCAAGUCCCGCUCCAACAUCAAUCGCAAACCCCUGUGCCGAACCCUCAGAUCAUCACCACCGCACCCACUAUGGAUGAACACAACCAUCCUGUCCAGCGCCCUAGGAAAUCCAAGAGCCCUUUCAAACGUCAGAUCUCGAAGCUCAGUCCAGCGAAACAACGUCGAGAGUCUACUGAAGAACGCCGAUCAUGGCGCAGAGGCCGAUCUGUAGACAUCGACCGCCUCGUUCCUGAUUCUGCUGCUCCUCCACCUUACGGCGAUGAGUCCAGCUCGGCUUUGGCACUGCCUGUCACUCGUCUGUCCGACUCGUCAGGAGAACAGCGAAGUUCUGGAGAACACGUCACUUAUGCUACGACCACCACCACUCAUACCAUUUCUACUACAACCACUCUGUUCAGGUUGCCUCGCCGAAACAAGAAGAACAAGUCGCUAUUCCCCUUACCUGACAAACAACGACCCCCUCCUUUUAGUGUUCUACAGCGACGCCAUACUGAAGCCUCACGCCCACGUCUGUUGCUGUCUUCUUCGCCAGCUCCUGCUCAACUUGCAAAGUCAUCCAUUGCUGCUCUUGCCACUCAUGGGGGCGCUCCAUUAUUCAGAAACGACUCAAGCGUCUCUACUCAUUCAAACGGCUCUUCACCAGUUCUGCAGCCACCACGUCGAUUUGGUUUGCGAGAUAGGUCUUCAACCGUGAGUUCGUUCGGGCGCCGCUCUGAGGACCAUACACCUCCUACACCGCCUGUGGCUGGCAGCGCUCGCAAUUCAACUUCGACCUCGGGACGGACCAGCCUGGGUGGCCUUCUCGGUUUCAAUCGAUUCCGACACAACUCCGACCUUCGCGAUCGCAACUCCUCGCCUGGAUUCCAUUCAAAGUCUAAUUCGCUAUCCCCUAGCGUCCAUGAACCUUUAGUGAUACCCGAUCGCGAAGAUGGCGAUACCCCAGGCAAAUAUCUGGAACGACUGCAAGCUGCCGUUUCACGAAGUCUUAUCGCAGGUAUACUAUCGAAAUCAUCCGACCCAUUCGCUCAGGCUGUGUUACGAAGUUAUUGUCGCAAGUUCUCUUUCUUUGGAGAGCCGAUCGACAUGUCGCUACGCAAGUUUCUCUUAGAAGCAGAGCUGCCAAAAGAGACGCAGCAAGUGGACCGAGUCAUACAAGCUUUUGCUGAUCGAUACCACGAGUGCAAUCCUGGCAUUUUCAUGUCUCCUGAUCAGGCUUACAUCAUCGCUUUCUCGUUGAUGAUGCUGCAUACUGACGCCUUCAACAAAAACAACAAGCGGAAGAUGCAGAAACACGAUUAUAUAAAGAACACUAGUGGUCAGAAUGUCUCAGACGAUGUUCUGGGGUGCUUCUACGACAACAUCUGUUACACUCCAUUCAUUCAUUUCGAGGAGGAAGUUGACAUCAACGGGGAGCGUCUGCUAACAUUCAAGCCAAAGAAGAGCAAGCUUCGUGGAAGCAUACCCGAUCCUGGAAGGAAGAACAGCGGACCCAUCGACCCCUAUGCUUUGAUCUGCGAUGGCAAAUUGGAUGCUCUGCGCCCUUCGAUCAAGGAGUCAAUAACCAUGGAAGACCCUUACAGUUACCUGGGCACUGCAAACUUCUUUGACAUGAAAAAACUGCAAAAGGCCUUUGUAAACACUGCAGUUCUUCAGAUCAUUUCUGCUCGUUCUAGACCUGCUGCUUUCGAGUCACAGGCUACUCGCGAGAACCCUAGUGAAUCAGCUAUAGGUUUGGUAGAUCUCAAGAUCACCAAAGUUGGCGUCUUGUGGCGAAAAUCUACAAAGCGCAAGAAGACGCGAUCCCCAUGGCAAGAAUGGGGCGCUAUCUUGACUGGAUCUCAACUCUACCUCUUCAAGAACGUUACUUGGGUGAAAGGAUUAAUGUCUCAGCAUCACUCACACGUCAAGCAAGAAGGCACCAACUCGCCUGUAGUCUUCAAGCCCCCGAUCCAGGAUUUCAAGCCGGACGCUCUUAUCAAAACCGACGAUGCUGUUGCUCUGCUCGAUCGCAGCUAUCUGAAGCACAAGGACGCUUUCACUUUGGUUCGUCAUGGAGGCCAAGAGGAAGUUUUGCUUGCUGAAAACGAAGCCGAGGUCAAUGAUUGGAUAGCUUUGAUAAACUAUGCCGCAGCUUUCAGAUCUGCUGGUGUCAGAAUCCGUGGGUUUAUUGGCGGAUCAGACACCGAUGUCACAGUCAAUAGCCGUGGCAGGCUCAACUCUACCGCGUCUGUUGAUUCUUCAAUCAAUACAUCGAUCGGCUCUGCCUUAGGUUCGACAAUAACCCAUGAUGGACAAGUUAAUAUGGAGAAGAGGGAUCUUACUCCUCAGCUUGUCAGGCAGGUAUUGGCUGCCCGACGACAAAUCAUGUUACAAACCAUAGUGGAGUCGGAAAGAGAAGUAACGGAUGCAAUCAGGAACCUCGAGAACAUGAUGCGAAAUGCUCGCCAUCUGCUAAUUCUCGCACCUAUCCAGCAGAAGACAAGAGAAGAUGUUUGUCACGCCACCGCACGCAUGGAUGCCAACUUGAAAUGGAUUCGACGUGACAUUUGGCGAACCAAGUGCCACAGGGACAUCCUCUCACUGGAUCUACAGGAAGACGGAGACAUUUUCGAUAGCAAGCUACCAGCUCCGAUACCGAACGUUCGCAAGACUAGUGGACUUCAGAAGACGAUCUCGAAGACUAACUCCGCUAUGAGCCAACAAACAAGCCCGCAAUCGCCCGCUCACUCGCCUCGACUGAACAGCAGCGAUGGUCAGGGUGAAGGUGUAUUACACAGAGAUGUUUUCAAGACGCCGCCUGAGCAUGCUCUGAGAUAUGGGGAUGCUUGGCAGCUUCCUACCAGUCCUUUGGACCUUAACAGCCCACAACAGGCACGUCGACCGUCCGUUAUUAGCAAUGCGCAAUCUGUCAUUCGAACGCACAGUGGCGCUGCUAUGUCGAUCACGUCUAGCGUACAUGAUGGAGACAGACACCUCUCAUCUGCUGCCUCUGACGCCGCUUCCCGUCAUGGCCGCUUGACACCCACUCGAAGCUUUGAGAGUCGCGAUCAUGAAGCAGUUCUUCUCGCUCGAGACCCUCUGGUCCCAACUGCGACUGCUGCCACCCAUUCAUCCGCUGGGCACCCUGAGUCGUCGAAUGCGACUCCAGAAAGCUCUUCCAAGAUCAAGAGCGGAAGAAGAAGUCUGCAUCGCACGCUGCGGGAUGGACGUCACGAAGCAUCUAACUCACAGCGUCACCGAAGAGGCAAGGAGAGUGCUAGCACUAUUCGCUCGGAUGGAAGCCGUGCUGACGAAUCUGUUGAGACUACUCCAGGUCUGGAGAGAAAGGGGGGUAGAUUCAUGGUUCACGGCAAGCAAGCCUCAGUCGUCACUUUUGGUGCAGACUGG